AUGCAGUACAGUUCUCAACAACCAUUACCAUCGUCACAUACCUAUUUCACUCCGAUUCAACCGACAUCAUCCAUGCAAUAUGCAACUGUCUAUCCAACAUCAGUACCUCCACCUAUAUUUCCUUCAUCAUCCUCUUCGUCGUCAUCAUUGUCAUUGAAAUCGACUAGAAAAUCACAACAUAAUCAGAUAUCUUCUCAAUUAACAGCUAUACCACCAGCUAGUUCCGCAUACAUGUCACCGAUUGAUUCGCCAACAACGUAUAUGUCUCGCGGUUCAACGUCACCAUCGUCCGAUCUGAAAGAUACAGACACAGUCAAAUUAUUUGUUGGACAAAUACCGCGACAUUUAGAAGAACAUGAUCUUCGGCCUAUAUUUGAAGAAUUUGGACAAAUUUAUGAGUUAACCGUGCUGAAAGAUCGAUUUACGGGCAUGCACCGUGGAUGUGCUUUUCUGACGUAUUGCCAUCGAGAUUCGGCACUCAAAGCUCAACAAACCCUACACGAACGUCGUACACUGCCUGGCGUAACCUACGCCAGUUGGAAAACGCGGUGUAAACGCGCAAUGAAAAGAAAAUAUCGUGCCAACAGCAUUGAUACGUCUCCUUCUACUUCUUCGGAAUCUUCAACUACACUCAUGAGUCGUCCUAUUCAAGUCAAGCCAGCAGAUAGCGAAUCACGAACAGGUAAUUGA